CGGCGGCACCGGGCCCGGCUGGAGGCCGAGCUGGCCCGCCUGAAGGUGCAGCAGAAGGUGAGCCGCAACGAGGAGCUCCUGGCCCCGGCGCAGGCAGCCAGCCCCGGAGCCUCCCAGGUACCGCGCUACGUCCGAGUCAACACCCUGAAGACUUGCGUGGACGAUGUGAUUGACUUCUUCAAGCGCCAGGGCUACUCCUACCUGGGCAAGGCAGCCAGUGUGGAGGAACUGAGGGCCCUCUCCGGGAAGAAAUUCUUGUUGGAUCUGCAUCUCCCGGAGCUGCUGGUUUUCCCUCCGCAGACGGACUUCCACGACAACCUGCUGUAUACUUCAGGACACGUAAUUCUGCAGGACAAGGCCAGCUGCCUCCCUGCCUUCCUCCUCGGCCCUGCUGCCGGCUCCCACGUCAUCGAUGCCUGCGCUGCCCCCGGGAACAAGACCAGCCACCUGGCUGCCAUCCUGAAGAACAAGGGCCAGAUCUUUGCCUUUGACGUGGACACCAAGCGCCUGGCCACCAUGAACACCAUGCUGACGCGGGCUGGCGUCACCGGCUUCCAGCUGGCCCAGCAGGACUUCCUGACCGUGGAUCCCGGAGACCCCAAGUACAGCAAGGUGACCCAUAUCCUCCUCGACCCGUCCUGCAGCGGCUCAGGGAUGGUGAACCGGGUGCCGAGGGAGGAGGCUGCCCCGAGCGCCGCGCGGCUGCAGGCGCUGGCCGGCUUCCAGCGCAAGGUCUUGAGCCAUGCCCUGAGCUUCCCGGCUCUCCGGCGCCUGGUCUACUCCACCUGCUCCCUGCACCGGGAGGAGAACGAGGACGUGGUGCGCGCCGUGCUGCAGGAGCGGGGCUCGGCCUUCAGGCUGUUUGCUCUUGUCCGCAGCUCCCUGCCUGCGGCAGCUGAGGAGAACCCACAGCACGGAGAGGGAACGAAGGCAGGAGCAGCUCCCAAGAAGAAGAGGAGGAGGAAAAAGCAGCGGGUGAAGGAGUGAAAUAACGUUUUUAGGACUGCAGAGUGCCCAGCUGGGGCUGGUGGGGAACGCUCCUCCGCUGCCUGAACAACAGCGGGGCCGCUGAACACAAAUAAAGCUUUGUGCCAGCUGC